CCGGAGCCGGUCCAUUGCCCCAGAGUUGUGCCUCCUGCCUGUCUCCUUCUGGGGUGCAGUUCCCCCUCCAUGGCCAUAGGGGGCGGGCUCCUGCCCCUGCUGCUCUGGCUGUGGCCCGCCUGCCUGGGGCCGGACCUCAGCGUGGGGGGGCACCAGGUGGGGGAGCACGAGGACGUCCUGAUCGCCGCCCCGCCGCACCUCAUCGAUCUCCUCCCGGCGGCCGCCACGGCCACGGUGGCCGCCGGCUACAUCCCCGGCGACACCUCUCUGGAGGAGAGCCAGGUGGCCGUGGCCACCAGCGAAGGGAUCCCGGUGAUGGUGAUGACGGUCCAGACCACCACGGAAGAGAGCAAAGCCCCAUCGCCGGGCAAGGUGGACAUCCUAAUCGUGGGCGACACGCGCUACCAGUGGCAAGACUGGAGCCCUUGGCACUGCAACUGUCCCCAGGGCAGCAUGUCGCGCGUGCGAGACAUCACCUACUCCACGCCGGGGGUGGUGCUCGACCCGGCCCAGUACGACGUCCUGCGCUUCCAGCGGGUGGUGUGCGACUACAAGAUCUGCCACUGCCGCCCGGAGGAGCAUCAGUGCGACCGGCUGGAGGUGACCUGCGCGGAGGAGGAGCACGUCUGCGCCCUGCGGGACAUCGAGCAGGACCAGCACCAGAAGAGGAAGGACUUCUGGGCCCGGCUCCACGCGGAGCUCAAGAACCUCUGGCAGAGCCUGAAGGACGCCUUCCCCCGGAUAAGGAAGGAAAGUACAGCCAAGAGCACAAGGUGAGACCCACCUGCUCUCCAAAGUGGAAGUCACCAUCCCUGUACAUCUAUCAAAAUCUCUGUUGUCUAGUAAAUAUUAUUCUAAGAAU